GGGACUCAGCCGCCCACUCACGUCUCAAGACCCAGCCGCCUAAAGGCAAGAUGUCCCAGCUGUCUGUCAAAGAACAUCUGGACGGGAUUCUCUCCGACUUUGAAGCCCUAAAGAGGUCCUUCGAUAUGGAAGAUGCAGAAGAAGUACCGGCUUUUUCUCCUUCCUCCCCACCCAGAUCCCCCGUGAAUCCUGGCCCGCCUGGCAUCACCUUAGCCACUGGCAAUGGAGAAGGAAGAAGAGUAGGAGGCCUCAUCCUGCCCCCCUACCAAUCCCGCAUCAGCCUGAGCUCCAGCCCCAGCCCGGCUCACAGCCCUGUCCUCAAGACGAGGAUCGGGAGCAGCCUCUCUUUCAACCGAGGCACCGCCCACCUGCCCCGAGCCAACGGGACCAACCUCACUCGAGUCUCCUCCUUCCAGACUCGGCUGAACCCCAAUGGGUUCUCUUCCUCCUUGGGUCCAGGCAGUGACAACGAGAGCCUUCACAGUUCUUCUUCCAGCCUGGAGUGCCCGACACCCAUUAAAGAUGCUCCAAAUGCUGCUCGGCACUCUGAAACCCCUGGGAUCGGGGCCUCCCAGCUCCCCAGUCCUGUCUUGAAGAAGUUCUCUUCCCACGGGAACGUCUUCCAUGCUGAGAUGGACCGGCCCAUCCGGCAGGUCUCCAAGGCCACCGCAAAUCACAGCUCGCUGCCGUCACUGGACCUGCACAUUGCUGAAGACCUGGGACCCAACCCUCCUCUCUGCUCUACCCCAAGCAUUGACCCUGUCAACAUGCAGAGCUCCAGAAACCAGAAAUGCAUCUCUCCUCUACCCAAGAGCAGUCCGUUCAUGAGAAAGGAGCCCCCUGUUCCACCCUUGGAUGUAGGCCAGUUGGCAAAUGUGACCUCUGCUGCUCUCACCUCCAGACAGAUGGUGAAGUUGCAGAAAUUCCCCAUCAGCCUGGAGGGAUUGAUUGGGAAUUCUUCAGAGGACACCGUUCCAGCACCGAUGGCUGACUCAGUAGUCAAACCAUUGUCUAAAGCCCAAGUCCAGGUCAACCUGAGCUCCAGCCUCGGCCUGUCCCAGCAACCCCCAGAGAUAUCCAGAGAAGAUAAAUCUGUCAGUGGUGGCAGCGGCGUUUCCCUGUUACCUUCUACCAAAAGUCAUCCAGGUAAUGAGGGUUCAGCAUCUCCUCCUCAGGAUGCUCCUGACAGGUUUGGGUCACAGCUUCAGGUAGCACAAGCUGUUUCUCAGCCAUCCUUUCUUGGUCACCCGGCAACGGUGCCUUCACAAGGGUCCCCAGCCUCAGCCAGCCCAAGAGAAAGCAGCUGCGCCCCAACUGAGAAGAUCGGCUCCAUUAUCUCCGAAGAGUCCUCCAAGCUUCAGAUGCUGGUGCCAUCUUCUUGCCUGAGGGAAAUUCCCCUCGCAGGAGGAAACAGUCUUCUGGAUUUUCAAGGAAGGAAUUGGUCAAAGGAAGGGAGCUGCCCCGAGCCUCAGCGCCUGAGCAUGGAGGAGCAGCCGGCUCAAGAGCAGCUGUCCCGGGACGCCCCGUCCCUCAAGGCUGGGGACCGGGAGCUCUUCGGUUAUGUGGGGAUCGAAGCGGUGCUAGACCAGAUGCGGAUCAAGACGAUGAAAACGGGCUUUGAAUUCAACAUCCUGGUUGUAGGACAGAGCGGCCUUGGUAAGUCCACCAUGGUGAACACGCUCUUCAAAUCCAAGGUCAGCCGGAAAUCGUCAUGCCCCGGUUACGAGGAACGCAUUCCCAAGACAGUGCAGUUGCUCUCUGUCACCCACGUUGUGGAAGAGAAGGGAGUGAAGAUGAAGCUGACGGUGACGGACACACCAGGAUUUGGGGAUCAGAUUAACAAUCAAAACUGCUGGGAGCCCAUCAUGGAAUAUAUCAACGAGCAGUACGAGCGCUACUUGAGAGAGGAGAUCCUGAUCAACCGCAAACGGAAAAUCCCCGACACCCGAGUCCAUGCCUGCGUGUAUUUUGUGCCUCCCACCGGUCACUGGCUGCGCCCCUUGGACCUGGAGUUCAUGAGGCGUCUCAGCAAGAUCACCAACGUGGUGCCAGUGAUUGCCAAAGCGGACACCUUGACCCUAGAGGAACGGGCAGAGUUCAAGCAGAGGGUUCAGAAGGACUUGAAGGUCCAUGGAAUCCAUGUUUAUCCCCAGGUGGAUUUCGAUGAUGACCCAGAUGACAGACUUUUGAAUGACAAAAUCCGGGAGAAGAUCCCCUUUGCAGUGGUGGGAGCAGAUAAAGAGCACCAGGUGAAUGGGAAGAAAGUCUUGGGCCGCAAGACCAAGUGGGGAAUCAUUGAAGUGGAAAACCCCGCCCACUGCGAAUUUCCUUUGCUGCGGGAUCUCCUAAUCCGGUCCCACCUCCAGGAUCUCAAAGACAUCACCCACAACGUGCAUUACGAGCAGUACCGCGUGCAGCGCCUCAACGAGAGCAACCUGAUGACCAAGGGGGGCGAGCGACUGGCGCCGAGCUCCAUCAACGGAGAGCCGGAAAGUCACCUUUGAACUGCUGGGACAACAUGGCCUUUCCUGUCCCUCCCCAGCCUCGGCACACACACACCCUGCUCCCCAUCGCUUCUGUGGACUGAUUUCCCCUUUUCUCUCCCAGGAUCAGCCUCAGCAGAGUUCCUGAAAGACAUUUCCUCUCCCCCCCCCAUCUCCUGCCCCCCAUCCCAAUCUCCUCCGAGCAUAAGUAGCAUCUCUGACUUGGAAAUUUCCAACCUGGUCGCUUCCCUGCAUCUGUCUUCCUUACAAUUUCUCUUCUCCGAGAAGAGGAACUUUUGAGAGGAGGGGACCAUUUCCCCCCCCCACGCCCCUGGGUGUUGCUGUCCUACCCCUGUUCUCUGCUUCUAAGCCAAGGACUGCAUUUCGCCCCAAGUAGACCUCUUGGGGGUCUUCCCAGAAUUAGGAAGUGAGCCCUGUGCUUGGCCUGACAGUGCCCCGCUCAAUGCACACCAGUGUGUCAGUGAGUCCCACCAGCCUGCCAGUUUCCUCCCUUAACCCACGCCCACAUUUAUUUGAUUUUUGUCUUCCCUCUGUCCAAGCGCUGGCGGUGCUAGGGACUUCCCUCUUCAUGAUUAUUGUUUAUGGGGCAGGGAGGACAAUGGCAGGUACCAGAGGGCCACCCAAGGGCUGUGUUGCAUGAAAAGGUUAACCCCCCCACCCCCCAGUCUCUGUGCGUGAGCCCGGUUCCUGUCUCUGACUCUCCCAGGCUGGGCUUGUAGCAGCUGUAACAGUCACGAACAGCAGCAAAGAUCGUCUAACCGGCAAGGCAGCUGACCUCCAGCUCGUAGGGCCCGCGCUCGGCCAUUUCUAAAUACUGGGGGCGGAAGGCAGGCAGGCUUUGAACACUUCUGCACAAGGCACCGCCAACCCGGAAGGGCCUGUCCCAUUAAAGUGACCUCCCCGCUCUGCCCAGAGCACAACUUCCCUCUGUACCUUUUGCCCCAGAGGGAAGCAGGGCCUGGGAUUUUAGAGGAAACAUCGCCCAGAUUCUCCCUUGUUGACACAGAAGCCGGCAGUACAGGGAAACACUCCAUCUCCUGGAAACCGUCCUUCUGCCCGUCCUCAGACUCCUGUCCUGUUACAAUUACACUUCUGGGCGCAAAAGAGAGAGGAAAAAGCUCCAGGGUGAUUUGUGAGUCUCCAGUAAGCACAUUAAAGAGCAACUUAGAA